UGGCCCCCAAAUCUUCAGUCUACAUACAACGGUUUAAUAGAUAGGUUUGUAACUGCAAAUUUGUGAAAAUGUGGUUAAAAAUUGUGUUAAUCGUUUUUGGUGUUUCGGCUUCUAGCUCCCUAGAUGUCGGAGGGGUGCUCUCUGGCAACCGGAUGGGGGGAGUUCCCCUGGGCGUCUCGUUGAGCGAGGGCGAGCUGGAUGUGGAAGGGAUCUGCAGCAAGCAGGGUGUGGCUUGCUUGAACUGCUCGCUGGCUAUCAAGUGUGUGAUAUUGCCGGUAGGAUGGCUAAAGAUCCCGUUGGAAUCUUGUGACGAAGGCAUGACUUGCAACGCCCACCUCGGUGGUUGCUCCGAACAACAUGUUCCUGAAUGCGACUUUGCCACCAGCGAGUAUCAACACUCAUGUGAACAGAUUGGCAUGUUUCCUGAUGCCUAUGACUGUAGGAAGUUUCACAUCUGCUCGCCUCCAGAAGACAGUCCUACUGGUAGACCAGCAGAUCACCGCAACGCCCUGUGUCCCAGACACUACGGCUACAAUCCGACGACUGCUCAGUGCUCGAUUCCACUGAAAGACGGCCAAUGCGAAAAGAGACCCGUACCCACCUGCACCAAAAUCGGUCAAACAGGCGUACUUCCAGGCAGCCCCAACCACUACUACGUCUGCCGCAUGAAGUACAACAACCUCCAACCACAAAUUUUCCUCUGUCCCCACGGCUGGUACUUCGUCGACGGCUUCUGCCGACCAGAACCCGACGUCAAAUUCACCACUGAAGCGACCACAGUAAAAGCGACCGAAGUGUCUAGAUUAGAGAGUUUCUUUUCCACUGAGAAGGCAAGCACAUACAAGCCAGAUACUUUCUUGGCUGACAAGUUUGAUUUGGCUAAUUAUGAGGUUGCUGAUGAUGAACAAAGAGCCACGGCAGAUUCCUGGGAAAAUAACGUUUCUUGGUAGAGGAAUCUUAGAAUUAGUUGUUAAGUAGAAUGUCUCAGUACAGCCUGAUAAGAUGAGACAACGCCAGUCUUAACACACACACAUUCGAAUGGCAGAGUGUUGGAUUCAUCGUUCUUAUCAAGACAACAAUAUGGCACCAACAGCAACGCAAUUUAUCAAGAAUAGAUAGUAACAUUGCCCAUUUCCCGCAGCUACAUUUAAGUAUGUGUAGAUAUGGAGAAUGAUUGCUUAAUUCAGAAUCAUAAGAAAACUAGUAGUUGUAGAAUUUAUUGUGAUUAAAUCGUUUUGUAAUAUUGA